GGGGGAACGAAGAGGUUGAGCUGCAGAUGAAGACACAUGUGAUUCAGUGACCGCACCGGAUUGUGUGUGGUUUCCAGCGGGAGAUCUGUGGGAUCACCUCAGCUGUGUGUGUGUGUAUGUGUGUGUGUGUGUGUGUGUGUGAGAGAGAGAGGGAACCAGAGGGUGAGGAGGGGGGCGGGGGUGUGUGUGGACCUCACCGCUGACGGGACCCACAGGCUCCCCCCGAUUGUGCUGCUCCGCUCCCAUCAUUUUCUGGAGGUGAGGGACAAAAGAGAAGAGAGAGAGAGAGAGAGAGAGAGAGAGGGGGGAAUCGGAGAAGAAAGGCCCCGGGAUCCGAGUGUCGUGACGGGCCCCCUCCUCCUCCCUUCGCCGCCGCCGCUGCUCGGUGGUUGUCUGGACGCAGGAGGGCUGAAGGGGGAGAGAGAGAGAGAGAGAAAAAAAAAGCGGCGGAGCGGUCGACUCGAGGCGGCUGGGGUUGUCACAAAAAACCCGCUCCUCGGCGGGGCCUUGUGUCGCUACGUUGUCAGAGUUGUGAGGGCUUCUGGUCACCGACUUCUGGAGAACGAACGUAUCUGCAUGGAAAUACAGAAGAGAAACAGAAAAAACGGAGCUUGAACCAACUGAACUUGAAGUGGAAUAAAUGGAUUACCCUCCUUUUGGACAAUUGUUGCCAUGGAACUUGGUAGAAUUAAAUUAUGGUUGACACAAAAAAAACAAAGGUAAGGCCGCUACAUGCUGAAGAUACAGGAGCGCACCAAGAGGAAUCUGAACGCAGAAUCUGAGGAAAGAAUGAUCACUAUAUAGGGACCAAAGACCUCUACAGUCCAAAUGAAUGCAUGCAGCAGUAAGAUAACUAACAAGAAAAUGUUAUUUAAGAGGGAAUGACCAAGAAAAAAAAAACAUCUCAGAAAGAAUUACACUCUGCAUCCACCAGUUAAUGAGAAUAUCAAUGGAGUGUUUGCCUCCGGGAGCGUUCAGUGAGAGUCUGUAUUCAGACCUCUUCGUUCUGUUACUGCAGCCUCACACAGCUGUGUGUCCGCUCAUACAUGUUGACAAACUGAAGGAUCGCUGUGACGGAACACGGUCUCAAUAGAUUUUUUUUUUUACUCAAGAUGCUGUUGGAUUUUAACUCAGUUUGAUCCAAACGUAGCUCUGCUUGCUUGAGCUGUUGUAAUAGCGGAGUGUAUGCAUGUUAAGACAUUUGAACAUCUCUCGCUGGUGUGUCAGUUGUCCGUGAUAUUGUUGCCUGCUUAGUGCCAAACCGUUUCAAAGUCAUGGGAAUGACUGCAUACUUUUAAUCUUGGACUUCUCUGCAGUAGAAACCUGCUUCACCACGCAUAUCUUUUUUUUUUUUCUUUCAUACCUUCUGUGUCUUUAAGACCCUCCUGUAUCUUAACAUUUUUAAGCAAAAACAACCACCACAUUGAAGAAGAAAGAUUUUUACAAUUUGACCUUUUUCUAUAUUGAUAAAAUCAUCAUCUAUUCAACCUCCCUGAAACUCUCUGCGACAACAAAAGUGAUUAUAACAUCUGUGAUAUUUGCUGCAGCUCAAAAGCAUUUCCUUGUUUUACUGCCAGGCCAUUGACUCUCUCUUUGUCAUUUAUGGUUACUGCCAUAAGCCUUCCAGUUUCUGAUCAGAAACAUUCCCUGAUAUAGACAGUGACAGAUAUUUCCGUUUUUUAAAUCCAAAAAACCAAAAAAGAAAGCAAUGCAGAAUUUUCCAAACAGUCCAGCUCCUACUUCUUUACCCCAUGGGUUCAGUGGGAGGGGUGGAGGCGGACCUCCGUAUCCCCCUCAACCAGCAGACCCCCAGAUCUCCCCAAGGAUGACAGACGAUUAUGCAGGCAUGCAACAACAGAGCCUGCUCAGAGGCCAUCACCACCCCAGUCAAGCCAGCCACAUGCUUGCUUACAGUGCUAGAAGCAGAGGAGCUGUGGAGCAACCGCCAACACAGGGUAACAUUCACAGUGGCAAUAGUACCAACCCUUACAGGAAGGAUGCCAUGGAUUAUUAUUUUUCAAUGGGCGGGAAGGAGAGGCAGAGAAGGGGAGGUAUUGGUUACGGGGCGGGCUUUGGGUACCCUAAUAUUGAUGGACAUAUACCUCACCAGUACCGACACGCUGGAUCUGGCGCUGCCCCAUCAUCUGGCCUGAUGUCACCGUAUCCAGUAGACUACGGCUCUAGUGCUGGUUCGGGUGGAGGUGCUGGUGCUGGAGCCUUUUCUCCUACUCAUCAGUACAAUAUGAGCCAGAACCCUGCAAUGCAGUCAGUGUCAGUCUCUCAGAUGCAGCACCGCCAGCAUGGGCAAACUUUCCCAGCUGUUCACCAUGGACAGCAGCAUCGGAGCUAUCCCCUCUCUGGGCACAGAAUGACCCCACAGUACGCACACUACUCGCCACAGAGUGGAGCAUCCACGGGGUCAUCAGGAAUGUACAGCCCGCCGCCACAGAGAUAUCUCGAUGGGACUGCCAGCACUGGAUUUGAUCCCAAAGUCAACAGCUCUCCCGGUGUCAACUCCAGUUCAAACUCGGUCUCCAGUUCAGUUGCUGCUAACAAUGUGGGGCCAAUAGAGAAUGUUCAACAGAGUUACCAUGCUUCAAGUUAUCCUGGAUAUUCCCCACAGACGCAUUCUCUUCACAAGCAGUCCACACUACAGCACCGCAACUCGCAGCACAAUUUAGGGGUAGGUUACGACAACUCUCUCAAGAUGCAGCACCAGGGCCCGUCUCCAGGGUCUGUAUAUGCUAAACAACCCUCCAAUCCCAGUAUACCUCAAGCAGCAUCUCAAGAAAUAGCCAAAUCCCCAAUGCACCCUAAUGCUCAGCAAACCCAAAUCAACCAAAACUUCAGCCCGAUAUCUAACCCCUCUCCAGCUGCCUCGGCAGUUCAUUCCCCCAGCUGUAGCUCCUCUCCUUCCCCUUUGAUGGGUGUAUCAGAGGCACAUGGAAACACCUCAGGUCAUGGUCCUUCACAUCCUCCUCCAUCAAACCCCCGUAGCAGCCAUGGUCAUGGCAGAUUACUGCAGACUAUGCCACAGUUAAGUCCCACUCCCAACUCAAAUAGCAGCAUCAGUAGUUGUGGAAGCAGCGGCAGUCAUAAAGCUCACAGCAUGAGUUCAGUUGGAGGCAGCAGUCUCCCUCCAACAGGCCGCAACAAAACAGGUCUAGGAGCAGGAAUUGGAUCCCGUGAGGAAGCAUCCUCUGUUUAUUCAUCUUCUCUGCUUGAUAAAAUCCAGGACGCCGGCCUGAAUAGUCUUAAUGCCUUGAGCUCACAAGUAGCCAAUUUACCAAACACAGUUCAGCACAUGCUCCUCACCGACACAGUUCUUUCACAGAAGAAGAAAGAAGUCGGGCAGAUGCAACAGUCGUUACAUAGCAUGCCCCCCUCGCAACCAAGGAGUCGAAAUGCUAGCGCAGCCUCAAGUACUAGCACAGUCAAAGAUGGAAGUGCUGAUGGUGCCAGUUUAGAUGCUGGUGCUGAUGAAGAAUCCUCAUUAAUGUCAGUAGGAGGCUCAUCAGGGACCAAGGUGGAGCGCGAGGAACAGUUUUCUGAGGGGGAACAUGGCAGAGUGAGACAGAUGAGUGGUGCAAGCAGUGGAUCUGAAACAACAGGCUAUCACCCUCCGAGUCAGAAUCAAAUCCAACCGCAGACUGGACAAGCAGCAAAUGCUAAAACAGUCAGCUCAGAUUCCCUGACAAAAGAAUCACGUGUUUCCGAAGCAAAAGCAAAUGAAGCUCGUGUUCCCUCCUUGUCAUCAUCUCCAUCCUUUGGCUGUCAGUCAUCAGAGACUGGCCCAAUUUCACAUUCAACGCCUCCAGUUUCCUCAUCCCCCUCCUCCACCUCCUCCAGCAUUCCUCCUCCCCAGCCGAACUGUGUCUCAGAACCUGUUUUAACAUAUAAUGACAACAAGGGUGGCCACAAGAAAAAAGAGGUUAAAAAUGAAGUAAUCAAAAAUGAAAGUGAAGGUGCAGUUGAAAAAACAGAGAGAGGCAGUAGCCAGACGCAGCGAGAUGUAGAAGUCAAUACACAAAAUGGUCAGGACAAAGAAAAUAAAUUGCACACUGCAUCGAGAUUACACAAUAAUGAGAGGGAAGAAAAGCACACGUCAGACGAGCAGCAAAGUGCCAGUGGUGUUGGUGUGAUUGUUUCAGCUCGAUCUGAGGGAAGUCACACUGAAAAAAACAAGCACCCCCAAGACAACUGUGUUGAAGAGAAACAGUCACACUCUUACUUAAGAGAGUCAAGCAGUCAUAAUGGAGAGGAGGGAAUAGAUCUUAGUCUGUAUUCUUCGCAGAAAUCCAAUUUUGGACGGCCUCAGAAUCCCCCCCAGUCUGCGCCACAUAAAUAUGGCUACCCAGAAUCAACAUAUGGCUCAGAUUUGUCAAUGAAAAAGAGAGGGAGGGCUGGUGCUGCGAGUGUAAUGGAAUCAAAUUCCAGAUACUUAGGGUACCAACAAUCUCAGACUGGUUCUGUAGCUGAGGCUUUGGUAAAGAGAGGGCACGGGGCAGGAGGUAAAAUUCACGACGACAAUUCACAAAUGCAGCAGUUUCCCAGCCUUUUACAAGAGGUCCUUCAAGGUUAUAAUUUAGAUAGACGUUAUGGCCGACCAGAACAGGCAUUUCCUGCCCAUCUCCAAGUUCAACAACACAUUCAAAGCAGAACUCUGUAUGGCAUGUCUGAAAGUAUGAGGAUACAGAGCAGAGCAACAGAGGCUUCUGCUCAUUCUGCCCAAAUAGGCAGCUCUGGAAAGCCCACACAUCCAAACCUGAGGCAUGGAAGUGAGCCUGAUUUCACCACGGAUCCACAGAUUGCAGUUAAGUCAGAAGUGUCCAGUGCUAACAUCUUGCAAAAUGCCGACAAACCGGAAUUAGGUGUGUCCCAGAGUCAUUUACCACAGGCUACAGAGUCCCAGCAACCCCCACUCAAACAUAUAAACUUAGCUGACUACUCCCUUCCACAGAGAAAAGUGUUAUCUAAUGUGUCCACUCCAUCAUCUGCUGUUCAGGAGCUCCUUUUGCAAGAGCCAGAGCCGCUAAGUGGCAGCAUUGGUCAAACUGAGUCUCAAAAGUCAUCAGGCUCCAUAUUAGCCCCAUCAGAGCGGCGCUCUGUCAUCUGUGAUGUGUCGCCAAACCGGCGCAGUACACCAGAGAGGGACAGAGAGAGUGACAGAGAGAGAGACCGAGAGAAAAGUCAGAGUGGAGCUUCUGUGAUCCAACAGCCAUUUUCCUCUCCAGCAGCAGCAGCCAAUGAUCUGAGUAAAAAAGACACAGGAGAGAAACAAGUGGUGAAAAUGGAAACUGUAUCAAAAGACCCGGGUCAAGACAUUGUACAUUUACAAAGCGAUCGUCAUGGCAGGGGUGGAGCGAAUGAGGCAGAUAUGGAGUAUCAUCCCAAGUCUGUUCAUUCAUCUGUUGUAAUGAAUGCUGACCCCUAUAGGCGUGGCAAUGUGGAUAUGUCCCCCUUGCCUUCUCACCCCAUGAGCACUAAUCCUUUAUCGUCCCCCUCAAGGCAUCAGUCCUAUCUUCACAGUGUUGAUUUGUCAACUGGCAGUGGCAGCAGUUUUCCUGGUUAUAGAUAUGGGGAUACGAGAGAAGGCAACACAAUGCCUCGAAGCAAUCCCCAUUUUCCCUCCCACCAUCCAUACCACAACUUAGCCCACCAGGCUCAGUCCACAAAUAAGCUCCAAAUGUAUCCUCACCCUCGCAGCCUCCCUCAUCACCCGCAUGAGAUGAGUGACUGGGUGAAAGCAAUGAACAGGUCAUCCAAGGAGAUGAUGAUGCAGCCUGGCUCCUCCCCAGGAAGACAUAAGGUCAGCCAAUCAGAGCAGAGACAGAGGAUGAUCCCCCAAACUGACAUGCCUGGUGAACAACACGCGACCAAAACUCUGCUGCAUCAUCAAAGUGCUUUCUUUGAUAUGAAGAUGUGGGAGUCAGCGCACCCAGGAAGAGAAGGCCCGAGAAUGAUGGAGGGAGAGUCCUUCUACAGAACACAGCCGCCUCCUCCCCCUCCCCUUCCUCCAGCUCCAGCAGCCUCACACGGCCCUGCUCCUCCACAGAUGAUGCAUGGCCAAAAUGCUGCUGAACCCGAGGUCCCUAGAGGAGCCACAGAGGAAGCCAAGCAUCCCUGCCCCCCUCUUCCAUCCAGCCCCGCUAAGCCACCUGCUGACAUGAACUCCAUGCCCCCGAAGGUGCGUCAGUCUAAGGCUGGUGGUUCCGGAGACACGAAUCCUCUAAUAUUGAGGAGGAGGGUUCGUUCUUUUAUAUCUCCAAUUCCCGCCAAGAGGCAACUCCAGGAUGCGACCCAGCAGAGAGGUGCCACAAAUUCACAUCACUCUCCUGGGGCUCACUCUGAGUCUAGCCAUCACAAUGAAGAGGACUCUACCAGUUCAGAUAUCCCGUGCCCCAGGCUGUCCUCCCCUAUGACUGGAGAGAAUACCUAUUCACAACCCCAAUCUCCAUCAAGUGCUAAUAUCAAGGUUUUGCCUCCCAAGAAAGGACGAGGUUUGAAACUAGAGGCGAUAGUGCAGAAAAUCACACCAAAUAUUAAAAAGCCAGUAGGCCAUGCUGAGGAUGAGUCAAAUCAUUACCCAGGAUUCUCUCACUCAGACAUACCAGCAUUUAACGAUUCACAGGACCAAGACCUAACACAUUUCCCCAGAGUUACAGGAGGGGCGGAUAGUUACAUGGAUGACAGUCACUCAUUAAACAACAUUAAUCCCUUCAGAGGAGUUGAUGAGACUGGACCUUUACCUCCAUCUGCUUAUCCAUGUGAUCCCCUUCAGACAUCCCAAGCCCUCAAACAAGACUUUGACUUUGGGUUAGGGGCUGCUGUGGCAUCAGCAUCUGAUGACAAGGAGGACUUUGCUUUGCUCGGACCUUUGCCCCCUCCUCCACCUCUUCCUCGUCCAGUCCAGGGUUCGCCACCGCCGUCCUCCUCAGCUCUGUCAGAUAUUCAGCAUUUCACCAACACUUACCAGGAGCUCGAGACAAGACGAGGAGAGCAAUCUGCGGCUAAUCUUCUCCGACAGAAACUUCAAGAAUCUGGCAUGGGAUUUGAUGAUUAUCCUGGAAGUGACUACUACGGAACAAACCCUCCCCACCACGGCCAGGCUCAAGGACAUAUGCUCAACAGACAUCAGAUGUCCUCUGGGAGGUCCAGUCUGUCUCCACAAGAUUCUAAGAGCUCAGAUAGUAUUGUGCCCAAAGGCUAUUUCCCAUCUGGCAAAAAGAAGGGCAGGCCCGUGGGGAGUGUGAAUAAACAAAAACGGGCCCAGAACCAGGCCCAAACACCGACCCAGGCCCAAUCUCAAGUCCAGACACAGAACACAACUCUGAGUACUGCUCCAUCCUCGCCCACUCCUACUACAGCCGCUGCUCUGGCUCCACAGACAGUGCUCACCCCCAGCAGCACACCAGCCCCUGCAGCGCCUCUGCUGUCAGAUGAUAAAAUCCCUCCCCCACUCGCCCCCCCAGUUUUAACCCAGGUUGUGAAAGUGGAUGUCGAGAGUGAGGACACGCAGCCAGAGACUGAGGUCAAACCUGUGCGACGGAGACGCCGAGGCGUCAAAGAUGAAGACGGGCCCCUAGAAGCAAGAGGGAGACAGAGGAGGAGGAGGAGAGGGGCGGCAGCAACAGCGGCACCACCAUCAUUGGCUAAAGAUGACCCAGAUACACCUUUAGGGUCAGGAGGUGGUCUCGGCGCAAACAGAGUUUUCUUAGAUUCAAACAGAAAAGGCCCGUUUGUUCCGCACAUACAUGUGGAAAAUAAAGUACCAGAGAUUGGGGCGGUGUGCACCAUUGUAAAUGCUGAGGAGGAGAAGAUGAGAGGGGAGCGUGGUGCAGUGGCAGGGAGAGCAGGCGGCAGUGGAAUUGAUUCUCUCCUGACCUCAGCUCUUUCCUCCCAGGUAUCUAAGAGAGACAAAGAAUCUGAGAAAAGGACGACAGACGAGGUGGAAACUACACUUCAGUCAGGAAAAGCACUUCCUUCUUCUGGCUAUGUUGUUUCAGGCCCUGUGAUUACAGAGACCGAUCACUCUGGCCGCCUGCUUUGUUGCCUGUGUCAGAAAUGGGCAAAUUACAAACACCUCGGAGAUCUCUACGGGCCUUUCUAUCGGGCUGAAUAUGCUGCAAAGCUCCCUAAGAACCAGCCCCAGGUCAGACAGUGUCAAGCCACCACAGGCACAAACAAAACAGGACCAAAUGCAGACAUGAGCUCAAAUUAUCUGAGCAUGAUCCAAGACUCACAAACACCAGAGGCUCAGUUUCCCAAGCCUGUAACUGAGAGCGACUAUGCCAUCAGCCUCGAUUCAAACCCUGCGUCUCUUAGCACUCCAGUCAGAACUGCCUCCCCUGCUGGACGAGAGGAUAUGAUGAUGCAUGUGGCUGGAAAGCUUAGUAACACCGCCUCCUCCUACUCAUGCUCCUCCUCUUCCUCCUCCUCCUCCUUCUCCACUACCACCACCACCACCACCAGUAAACCCACAUUUCUAACCUGGGACAUGAAUCUAGAUAUCCGACCUAUUCCCCAGCUUAAGAGAGAGCUAGACCUUGAGACUGACCCGCAGCAGGUGCAAAAACAGCUGCAGCCGCCGCCUGACGAAGCUGUGCAGCGACCUCAACACAGAAAGCUGACCUCGCAUCCCCGCUUUAAGAGGAGGCACAAAUCGAGUGAGGAUUCCCCCAGGAUGGUGCCAUCCAACAGCAAGGCGUCUCUGCCCUUCCAGCCCCCUCCGCCGGCCUUGGACUCCCUGGGACCAUUGGCACAACUCGCCCAGCUUCCUCAGAUGCCCAUGGACCCAGAGGAGCUGUGGGUCCACGAAUGUUGUAUAGUGUGGACCAGUGGAGUGUACCUCGUCAAUGGGAGGCUCUAUGGCCUGCAGGAGGCACUAGAUGGCGCCAGAGAAACAAGCUGCUCGUACUGUGAGAUGGUCGGCUCGACGCUGGGCUGCUACAGCAAAGGCUGUACACUUCGCUAUCAUUACAUGUGUGCUAUUGAAGCAGAUUGCUCUCUGAACGAAGAUAACUACUCACUGCGGUGUCCGAAGCACAAGGUAAAGAAGGAGAGUCUACCCAGAGCAUCCGGCCAGCCAAGCCAGUGUACCUGGAGCAGUCAGAGAGAGGCUGAGAGAGACGGAGAGGAAGAAGAGACACAAGAGUCUGGGAGCUGUUAGUUUGAACAAAAGAAGACUGAGAAUCUUGUUUGCGGAGCAGCCCCGAAUGUGAGAGAACAGGACUGGCGUCUGUGACGGAGAACCACAAAAGGGAAUGUACAAUUUCUCUACAGGAAUCAGCAUUAUUUACAUUUAAGACAAUGGGGGGGAAAAAAAACUUUUUUUCUGAAUUAUUGCUCUUUACUUUAAAGCAGAAAAACAAAAAACAUGGACAUGCAACAUACAGGAGCAGAGCUGCAAGCAAAAGAAGAAAAAAAUUCUAAGAUGGAAGUGGAAUAAAAUGAGAUGUCAAAACUGACGAAGGAACAAACGGAACUUUACUUUAAAGAAGAAAAGAAAAGCUUCCUCCCUGGGCUCACUUUGAUUUUCCUCAGACGACGUCAAAAGUGUUAAACAUUUGUUUUUCAUCAUGUGUAUCAUCAUUUACCUUUUCUUUUCUUCCAGGUAUUUUUUUUUUAUUUUGUUUCCUUUGGAGACGCAUAUUGGGAGCAAGCUGGGUGUCGACCCCAGAAAAGCAAAUGUAUCCUCUCGCAAGUAGUAUUUUAUCUUAUGAUAUCAGGACGAUCACAGUUAUUAUUUUAGUCCUCAUUAUUAUUUUUCCUCAUUAGUAUUUACUCACUUUUUAUUCAGUCAACGCAUAU